AUGAAUGGCGCGAAGCCACGUCGGGCUUCUUUGCCGCGAGAAUUGCAUCUUCAGAUCUUGAAGCAUGUCGCGAAUGCCCACAGCUCACCGUCCUCACCCAGUCGCGGCAUAGCUGGCUACGCCGGCGUAUUCAAAGAAUGGCUAGAUUUCUUCGAGAGCCUGGCAUUGAAGAACUUCGCUCUGCGGCUGCAAGAUCCCAUUCCGUUCAGGGUGCACACGCAAAGCCUGAGGAGUACGUCCGAGGAUGACGCGACUUUACCCUGGAUUCAAUCACGCAGCCCAUUUGCUACAGCUACACUAUACCUGUGGAAUACUUUGGCGUCAUGGGAAGUUGAUCAGGCCGGAGAAGGAUUGACGCUCGAGAUGAGCUCCCAUACGCUGGCGAAGCUCAUCAGGUAUGACAAUUAUACGCCAAAUGACGAUGUAUCUCGAUGCACUCCGGAGCUAUUAAGGCCUUCGCUGAAGAAGUUGGCAAUCCUACACGAAGCGUCAAGCACACCUUACUUUGCGCGUGUUUUCUAUAGAGGCGUCAAAGGAGAAGAACUAGUAAGCUCCAUUGUGCAAAGUUGUCUUCUUGUGGAGCAUCUAGCGCUCUGCUUUACCGUCGAUGCCGACGAAUUUCUGAACAACGCACCUAGCUUCCCGGAACUGAAGACGCUCGCGCUAACUGCCGAGAUUUUUCUUGGCGAGAGCGGCGACAGCGAUGAAGCCGUUGAGAGGUGGAUGAAGAUCAAGACGCUGCUUUUGUUGGCUGCGCUGGCGGCUUGCCUGAUGCCGAAGCUUGAGCCGAUGGAGAUUUGGAAUAUUUGGGACGGGCAGGCCGCAGGUCAUACUCAGGACGAUGGUGUCGUUGAUGAUGAUAUAAUGAAAGCUUGGAGAACUACGGCGAGUGUGCAUGCGAGAGAUGACCUGCGAAAUUCGGUAAUACGGCUGCCGGGUGGCCCGUACACGUAUUAUGGCUCUGUAUUGUCGCACUUGAGGUCGAAGCAGCACUUUAUCCAUGAGAUCUCUGCUGCUCAGAUGACGUAG